UCAACAAUUGUCAAUUGAAUUGCAUUGAAGUGUAAUAUUAUUUGGACAAUUUUAUAUCAGAAUUGUUAAAAAAUUGUGUUACAUAAAUUUUUGUGAUGAUUUGUGAGUUAUUACGUGAAAUAAUUGUUUUGAAAAUGAGUGUUAAAGUGGAUUCUGAUUAAAACUGUGUCAAGAUCAUCGAAUAUUAUUGAUGUGUUUACGGUUACGAUUCGUAAAAUGCUCGCUGGAAAUAGUUUACGAUCAAAAAGCAUUGCCAUGGCAUGUGUUCGGUGACGAGAGCCAAGAAACUUGCUACGAUAUUACUUAAUCUAUAACUUAAACAAAAAAAAAUAUAUCAUGUGACUUUAUGUGAUAAUAACUGUAUAGUAACUUAGUGCCUUAAUUUUGCCGCUGUAAAAGUGAAAUUAGUUUUGGCUAAAAUAAUAAGAGCACAUGCUGUUCAAUGGAUACCGAUACGAAAACAGAAACGAAUGUUAAAGUUAAGAAGAGCGGACGCAAAAAUGAAAAGAAGAAAAAAACUGUAAUCUUGAGUACCAACAUCACAAGCACUGACGUUACCAACACCGAUACCACAACUACUGAUAUCACAUUAGAAGAAGUUUGCCAAAAGAUGAAUAAGCUUACCGAUGAAGAAGGGCCUGGUUCUGCGAGUUCUACGGAUAGUGAGGAUUUGGUAAAUGCAAUCAAUUACAAUACAAUUACAUCACUAGCUGCCCUCAAAGAUAUUAUUCAGGGUGACAAUGACGACACACCCGAGACUGAUAGUUUUUUCCAACACUAUUUUAUGAAUCACUGUAACAAUCUUUCUAGUAGGAAUGCAGUUACUCUUAAUCCCCCAUUCCCUUUUGCGGAACGACGACGGCUGUCUCAGUGCCGAGAAGAAGACGAGGAUGAUGAGAAAAAAGAGAUCGAUCCUCCAACUUCGCUAGUGUCCUUGGAAGCUUGCGUCGAAAUCGACUCUAAUCAUAGCACCUUAACAAAGAAUCGCAACUUAAGUGACAAUACGACUGAGCAAGCAGAGUCGACUGAAGAUGAACUUGACGAGUCUACGGUACAUGGGUCGGGAAUAGUCGAAGGCCAAAAUGCGCCCAAAAGAACGGUCAUGGGUGCUAAACAUAAGUUUCUUGUCACGACGGCAGAGCCUUCUCCGCCUGUCCCCAGCACGGCGCCCGGUGCGCCGGUGGAAAAAGUUUUACGUACCCAAGCUCAUAAUGCUCAUACUGUACAUUUUGGGACCAAGGGUGCAGAAGAACAAAGACCGAGUGUACGGUCAAUUUUUCUAGCACAGAAUCUCCACCGAGAUAAAAACUAUUUUGAUAGUAGUUUAAUAGAAAUUAGGUCUAAGGUAGAUGGAGAUUGCAGAUCUGCUAAUUCAGAAGACAUUUGGGUUAAACGAACAGACGAAAAAAAUUUGCCAACGAAAGCGACUCCAACUCCAGCAGAAAGGACCGUCGCGAAGGAAGAUAAUGCUUCUACAAAGGACACUGGACAAGAGCGAACCCGUUCAGGCACAUGGGGAUCACAAACGAAUCGAAAAGAAAUCGAAGCGGUGAAGAAAACUACGCCUCGAAGUAAACAAAAGCAGGUGCGCCAGAGCAGUGAACCUGAUCGCAGGCAAAAGAGAGAACAACGCUUGGAUGCAGCUAUCACGCGCAGCACGCAGUCGGUCGGGGAGCGCAAGCGGCGAGGCUCGGCGGACGAUGGCCAACCGCACCCCAUGUACCAACAAACUAUUCACGGUACAAGCGGGGUAAGCAGAAGGCCUGCGCUCUUCGAUAUAUUCAAGUCCCGACCGCGUGGAGAUGUUAAGAAGCAACCGUCCAUCAUGAAGCAAGUGAAAGCUGCAGUCCAGAGCAUGACGAAAUCGAAUUCAAUGGGUCGAGAGGCGGCGAAGCCCGAGCCAGUGAAGGCCGAAGCUUCGAAGACUGAAGCCGGCAGUUCGGGUAGUACCGGGGCAGCUGCCCCUAAGACUAAGGACGGAUCUGCGCAUCCGCAUCCGGGGAGUGAUACUAGAUACUACCACACUGUGACGGCAUCAGCGUCUCGCAGACCAAGUGCCAUGGCUAAAGUGAUGGAGAUGUUCCGUGGUCGAGCUUCUAUUCCUGGCCAGAGCGUGCCGCUUGAGGACGCUGAGAAGAGACGAGCGAGAACCCAGCAGCAACACUUCGGCAAGAACUUAGGAGCAAGUCUACGUCGGACAGCAUCACAGGAGGCCGAGCGCCGGCGUUCAUCUCUCGACCAUAUUCCCACGAUCCGGCACCGCGCCUCCGACGCCUUCCUCGACCCCCACCAUGCUGCGAUACUCUUUAGAGACUCUAGAGGGCUACCUGUAGCAGACCCGUUCUUAGAAAAAGUUAAUUUGUCCGAUUUAGAAGAGGAUGAGUCGCAGAUCUUCGUGAAGUUCUUCAAGUUCCACAAGUGUUACGAUUUGAUUCCCACGUCUGCUAAACUCGUGGUCUUCGACACGCAACUACUCGUGAAGAAGGCGUUCUUUGCACUCGUUUACAAUGGCGUCCGCGCGGCACCCCUAUGGGACUCGCAGCGGCAGAAGUUCGUUGGCAUGCUCACGAUCACAGACUUCAUCAAGAUCCUUCAGAUGUACUACACGAGCCCUGACGUCGCCAUGGAGGAGUUGGAGGAGCACCGCCUUGAGACAUGGCGACAGGUCCUGAAGGGCUCAGUGAUGCCGCUGGUGUGCAUCGGGCCGGACUCGUCGUUGUUCGACGCGAUCCGGAUGCUCAUCACCAACCGCAUCCACAGGCUGCCGGUCAUCGACCCCGACACCGGCAACGUGCUAUACAUACUAACACACAAGAGGAUACUGCGCUUCCUGUUCCUAUAUAUAAACGAGCUGCCAAAGCCGUCGUACCUGCAAUGCAAGUUACGAGAGGUCCGCAUUGGGACCCUCAGUGACAUCGAGACCGCCACAGAAGAGACCUCAAUCAUAGAGGCGCUCCGCAAGUUCGUCAACCGCAGGGUCUCCGCGCUCCCGCUUGUGGACUCCGAGGGACGCCUCAAGGACAUAUACGCCAAGUUUGAUGUCAUUAAUUUGGCGGCGGAGAAGACGUACAACAAUCUGGAUGUUUCGCUGAAGACUGCCAACGAGCACCGCAACGAUUGGUUCGAGGGCGUUCAGAAAUGUACCUUGGACGAGACCCUGUUCGAUGUCAUGGAGAGAAUCGUCAGAGCUGAGGUCCAUCGUCUAGUGGUCGUCGAUGAAGAGGACAAAGUCAUAGGCAUAAUAUCAUUGUCGGAUCUGCUCAUGUACCUCGUACUGCGGCCGACGGGGGAGUGCGGGGGCGCUAGUCUCCGCAACGAGCACUGCUCUAUUGAGGAGAAGGACGAGAGUCCACCCGAUGCGGAGGCAGAGGCCGAGGCCGAGGCCGCAGCCGCAGCCCCGGUGGACGACCACCCGGAAAUAACUGUGACACCCUGAAGUGACGUUGAAAGUGGAGUUGUUAGGCUCAUGUCGAUACUUGAGGAAUAAGUCGAACAAAUUAAUGUUUGCGAUUCAGUUAUUUUUAGGGAAUAUCGUGCAAUUUGCAGAUGGCGACACCAGCGCAUGUGGUAUACAAACCAUCCUGGUGUAAAAAUAUGGUCAUUGGUCUUGCUUUGGAAGACCUGUCAGUUUGAAUUUCCAAAUACGCUAUGUACAUUUUAGUUCUAGUGCCGCACUCUAGCGUGAUAAUAUCGCAGUAAUAUUCCACAUAUUUACGACCUAUUGUUUUUAGGAUUUCGUAUUUUCAUGUAUGUUUGUUGAUACGGGUAUUCAGACGGGCUACUAUAGCUUGGAUAGUUUGAAAUGACUCUCGCCACUACAACACUUUACGCAUACCAAAUAUUUUCUUUAAUACCUACAGUGCGACUGUAGCACGCGUCAUUUUAAAAUAGACAAGCAAUCGAUAACAGUAGACUUGUAACAUGAAGUUCGUUUGAAGUAAAUGAUUCUAUGUCUAAUUCAAUAAAUAAUCUUAAUUUGUGUGAGUAGUAGCUUUUAGCUGUUAUAUAUAGCGACAUAUUGAUGUAUAAAAUAAGUACUUAAUUUAAAAUAUAAAUCCAACAUUAUCAUCGAAUAAUACACAAAUAAUAUAAGUUACCACCAUUUUUUAUCUGCAAUAAAUUUUAUAAAAUUCCACGGAUUAUGCCCUAGAAGGAAAGCUUAUACACAUCAAGCAGUUGUGACCUUAUGACCAACGUUAGCUACAAAUGCGGUAGUUUUUUUUCUGCUGGCAGAUAUUUUUUUAUACACAGGAAAUAUCGUGAUAGUAUAUGGGGAUGUUUCCAUCUUGGGGACAUAAUUUACUAUUUUGCAUUUUCUUCUGAACUGUUGCAUUUUUGCUACACAAAAAAAAUGUGCAUCUACAGUGAAGAGGUACAAUAUUUUCAGAACACAAAUUUCGGUGUAUGACUCUCAUUGUUAAAAACUCCAAAUAUGUCGUGAAUAUAAGUAUUAAAUACCACGUGGUAUUCCGGGAUUUUUAUUCUGUAAAAAUAAUAUCUAUAUGUUACCGCUAAACCGUUAAACCCUAAAGUGCGGCUACAUACAGAUUAGAUUUUGUCAUUUUCAUGUUUUACUAUUUUAUAAUGUUUAAUGCGAUAUUAUUGUCAUAAUAACAGUUUUUGAUAUUUCGAAUAAAUCUGAUUUAAUUUGCUGUCAAAUAGCAUUGCGAUUGUCAAUACAUUUGAUGAUAUAAUUUUCUAAUGAAUCUGUGGUCCUCAGGUGUCACACCAUAGCCUAACUUCGCUCCACAUUAGGUUAGUUAGAUUUAGCUGGCGUUCUGAGCGUUACUAUUUUCUGGAGACGGUUGUGAUGUAAGGUCAAAAUUGUGAAUGAUUUUGAUAAUGUUUUUCGAUUCCACUUUUUAUAUAUUUAUAUGCAUAUUCCAAUUUGAUUGUAUAGUAACUGUAGUUCAGUUAAACUUGUUGUAUAAUAUUUCUUCCGACGCUACCUCGGUAGGUGACGGCGAAAUAAAAUUAUGUGGGCUGCGCUCAAAAUAGGCCGUACAUAUGUAUACGUACUGAGAUUGAAUAUAAUAAAAUUUAUUAUUCGUUUUUUUUUUGUGAUAAAAAAUUCGCUUUAAUAUGGGUUUGAAAAAUUUUGUUCAAAAUCGUUAAUUAUUAAUAUACUUUUGCCGGCACCUACAAAAUCUUCUUGCAAGGGGGAGGUUUCGGAAUCUUUAUACUAGUAGGUACCUAAGUAGAGACAUUGUCUUCAUUAACAUUAGAAUUACGAAUGCGAAUACUUUUAUUGUGUAAUUCGAAAGGUAUACGUGAACACUUAUCAUUAUUUUUUUUUACUAAUUCGUGUACAAUCGAAGCAUUGAAUCGUCUGUUGAUACAAAUCGCCAAAUUGAUUAGAUUAGUAUUGAAUAACGGUUUAUCCAAAAUAAAAUGGUUCAUUAUCUAAUAAAUGCUCAUAAAAACAAAUGCUCUCGUGACAAUGUCACGUGCAAAUAACUAAAAUAUCAAGAUUUAAUGUAACACGUUGUAAAUAACUCGUCGCCAAAUGUGAACUGAACAGGAUGAUGUUUUUGAUAUUUGACAAACUUUGUGGAUUAAGUAAAACAAAAUAUCAUCAGCCAAAAUUUAUGGAUAUAAAUAACCUGACUAAUGUAUAAACUCGCAUAAAAAGCAUUAUGCGAGUGUGUCCUCAUCAAAAGCAAAAAAAAACUAUAUACACGUAUAAUGUCAAUUUUAUAAUUAUUACGUCAAUUAUUAUGGGUACUCUUUUUUGUGUGUAAUAAUUUAGUUUCACAGCUCUAGAGCAACAUUGAAGUACCUACCUAACCUAUACUAUUAUCUAAAACAAGUUUGUUGAAUAAUUUAAACUUCAUCCUUGAAUUUUAGGCCAAGGCUCACGUAUUCCACAAGUAUUAUUAUACAUUGUGUUAUUAAUUUAUAAAUAGAAUAACUAAUAACUAUUCAUUAGUUAUAAAUGUUGUAUUAAUAAUACCCAAUAAAAUUUAUAAUGUACUCUGUAUAACGAAGAUUAUUGAAUCGGGAAUGUAAUUGUAAACCCAGAAGAAAUAGUUCUAAUGACAGAUAACCUGUCUUGUAGUAAAAAUUAAUAGACGCACAUACAACGUAAACUUGAAUAAAACUUGGUUCCGUUA